AUGAAGUUCAACUGCUUCAAGGACCCAGACCCAGAAUCAGGCCCCCCCGUCUCUAGGACAGGGUGCAUCUUCUGCGACGUGACACGCGACAAGGGCUUCGACGUCGUUUACGAGGACACCGAGCUCGUCGCGUUCCGUGACCGCUGGCCACGCGCCGCUGGACAUCUUCUCGUCAUUCCGAGGAUGCAUAUAGGAACUGUGUCCGACCUGCGGGCUGAGCAUGCUGGGCUAGUCACGCGCAUGAAGGAGCGCGGCAUCGCCCUCGCCCCAGGCGCAACCAAGCUCGGCUUCCACAUCCCGCCAUUCUCCAGCGUCCACCACCUCCACUUGCACGUCUUCACGCCGCCCUUCACUGCGCUGGGACGGGUGAUGUACCCCGUCCACAGCCGCGGACAGGGUAAGGGUUGGAGCUGGUUCGUGAGUGCCGACCAGGCCAUUGCCAUUCUCCAGAAUGGGCAUCGCAUUCGCCUGGGCGCCAGCAAGCCCUAG